AUGAAUAUUGACCAUCCUAAUAAAUUAAAUGAAACUUGUUUACCACCAAAACAGUUUUUUUAUAAUUCAUUAAAAGAUGAAGAUAUUAGUGAUGAAGAUUAUGCGCAUGCUCAUAAGGUUUGGAAAAAAUUUAAUAUAAAAACAUUAGGAGAAUAUAGUGACUUAUACUUAGCAACAGAUGUAUGUUUACUUUCUGAUGUUUUUGAAAAUUUUAGAGAUCUUUGUUUACAAACACUUAAACUCGAUGCUUCACAUUUUAUGACCGCUCCAGGAUUUGCAUUCGAUUGUAUGUUAAAACAUACUAAUGUUAAAUUAGAACGACUUAAACAGUAUGAUAUUCAAAUUUUUCUGGAGAACGGAUUACGUGGUGGAAUUUGUCAUUCAGUUAAAAGACAUGUAAAAGCUAAUAUUCCUAAUAUUCAAAAUAUUAAUUAUGAUUCAAACAAACCUGUAACGUGGUUAGCUUACUUGGACUGUGUAAAUCUAUAUGGAAAAUCAAUGCUAUCUGCUUUACCUCAUAAAAAUUUUGAAUGGUUUAACGAUUUGACAAUAGAUAUAACACAAAUUGAAGAUGAUGCUGAAUAUGGUUAUAUUUUAGAAGUAGAUGUUAUUUAUCCAAAACAAUUACAUGACAAUCAUAAUGAUUUCCCAUUUUUACCUGAGAAUAAAUGUCCUCCCAAUUCAAAAGUAAAAAAACUAUUAACAACAUUAGAAUCGAAAUUUAAUUAUGUAGUUCACUAUAGAAAUUUGAAACAGGCCAUCGUUAAUGGAUUAAAAGUGAAAAAAGUUCAUAGGAUUCUGCGUUUUUCGCAAUCUCGUUGGAUGGCACCAUAUAUAUUUAUGUACAAAUAUGAGGGUUAA